GGCGAGCCAGGACCCUGACAGCUUUGUUUUUAUAUUUAGACGAACUAUUUGCACUUAGGGCAAGGAGAAGAGGUGAUUGAUAAACACUCGUUCAUUGUUCUGUGUCUUCCUUGGUAGCCUGGAUCUUCUUUCCUUCAUGGCUGAUUUCUUUGUUCCUGGAUACGUUACCCCUACAAUAAGCUACAGCUGCCCGGUAACUGGAGUGGUGGAGUCACCACGGAACGUUCUUCCUCUUCAGCUCGCUCCACAAGUACUCUGAACUAGUAACGGAACAUACACACUGAUAAUGACCCUCAUCGUCGGCGCCAGCAUCCUAGCCCUGUGUUGUAGCGGUGUAUUCGGGGUUACAACCAACCAUGAUGAAUUUGUCGCAAACCCAGUUCAACCUUCAGAGGAGGCGAUACGGAAGAUCCUGGCUACCUAUGAUGCUAACGUACCACCAAACUUUGAGGAAGACAUCGCUACCCGGGUCACUGUGCAGAUAUACAUCGUCAGUUUUGAUUCCAUUAGUGAAUCGACUAUGGAUUACUCACUGACAAUCUUCCUGCGUCAAACAUGGCAAGACACACGUCUGAGAUACGGUUCCCUCCCGAAUAUAGACGCUCUCGAGCUGGACACACGUAUCAUGUCUCAAGUCUGGGUUCCAGAUCUCUUCUUCACCAAUGAGAAGAGAGCCGACUUUCAUUCUAUCACGGUGCCAAAUAAACUCAUGCACGUGUACCCUAACGGAACAGUAUUGUACAGUGCCAGAAUUUCCAUGACGCUGAGCUGCGACAUGCAGUUACAAAAAUACCCGUUUGAUGAUCAAGUGUGUUCGAUACUUCUAGAAAGUUAUAGCUACUCAACCAAGAACGUCAUCUUCGCGUGGCACGACAACCCGAUAGUCAAAAGGAGUGAUCUAUCCCUACCUCAGUUUGACCUGAUUGGCUGGACCACCGACGACUGCACUAAAACAUACGUCAGUGGCAACUACACGUGCAUCCGCGGGGACUUCCAGCUGUCCCGCAACUUCGGCUACUACAUUGCACAGGUGUAUGUCCCCAGCAUUCUUAUAGUCAUCUUAUCCUGGAUGUCUUUCUGGCUGGACAUUGAUGCAACGCCUGCUCGCAUUUCAUUGGGCCUCCUCACAGUUCUCACCAUGACAACACAGAGUUCCGGUGCACGUGCAAGCCUUCCACGUGUGUCCUAUGUCAAGGCCAUAGAUGUAUGGAUGGCAAUGUGUUUGAUUUUCGUGUUUGCAGCCUUAUUGGAGUUUGCUUACGUCAACGUCAUGGCGAGAGUGGAACGACGUCGUCAGACCAUCAGCGGAAACAGCCGACCGUCAGUGUCGGUCGAGGAACUGGCCCUGGAGCUAGAAAAACAGAACGGCGCACGAGGGCGAGGGCGUCGUGGGCUGUCAAAGGUUUCAAUGAUGAGACAAAAGGCACGCUUAAUGGACAAAAUAUCUCGGUACCUCUUCCCCGGGGUGUUCCUGGCUUUCAACAUCAUCUACUGGCUGGUGUACAUGCUGUGGGAGAACUCCAAUACAGACUAGUGGCAUUGUCGCCAGCAGAUAGCAAGGUUACGUCCCUUUGAAUGAUUCGGCUGAAUGUGGCAGUCCUUGGAAUACACCAUUACACGUCGUCAUGGACGAUCAGCGGCAGCCUUUUCUCACCUUAGAACAUAGUAUUACAAGGAUUGCCUACCUUGUGAAGCAAUAUGUGUGAGAAUCGCCAUGUGGAGGCGUGCGAUAGUGGUGUGCCCCCUGAAUCGACAUAUAUAUGUGUGCUCGAGUUAUCUCCCAUUGUGUGAUUUCGCAGAGGUUGUGAACAGUCCAGGGCGAUCUCAGUGUUCAACGCACUGUUAGGGGUGGCAUAAUGCAUCCAUACUGAGAGGUAUUGCAACAUAUUCCCAUAUGCAUUUCUGUGAUUUGUCUUCUUUGGGAGGGUUUCGAAUUUCAUCACACGUUAAUGAAGAUUACCGUUUUAUGAAGUUUAUCUUUGUUGGGUUGAAUUAUUUCUUACAGAGACUACACUACAUGACGAGACGUGUUUGUGAUGUUUAUAGAUGUGUAUCACGCCAUGACACCUUCACUUUGUCACACAUCACGUUCUUGUGUGACUUCAAUUCAGACAAUGGGAAGGAAAGAUAUGGAUUUUGAAAGAUAUGAAGUUCAACAGGACGUCUUUUGUAUUUCCCCAAUACAAUGCCCAUUCUCACUGACACAUGUUUCUACUUAUCUAGCAGGUUGUUUUUUUCACAUCAUUCUUCAUUUUUGCUGGAGACACUGCUUCCGGUGUUGUUGUCACUAACUGCAAAGCAUGCAGCCGUGUUAUUUAAGGCUUCACUCUAUUUAUUCCUCAUGCCUCCUUACACACAGGAAUCUCACUUUCAUGUUACUUCAAGUAAUUGUAAAACGAAAAUUUGUACAAUUAUUUAUUGCAUAUUUCAUGUAUUUUUGUAAUAAAUAUUGACGGAAUGGUCA